AACUCCAAGUAUCCUUUUAACCUGCAUCAAUCCGUGGGAUAACACGGGAGGGCGAGCACUUGGAAUUAUAAUUUGCUGCUGAAAUAAUAUUAAUUUGUUAAUGCGUUCUCUUGCAGCGAGAACAAGGAUCCAAAACAAAAAGGGACAAAGACAGUAACAACAACCCCCCCCCCCCAAAAAAAAAUUGCAACAUUAACAAUGUCCAGAGAAGGGUUACCGGGUGCGAUAAAUCCCGAGCCCGCCGCCGAUUCCCUCCUGUCCAGCCAGACCGGGAUGGUCACCGUGUCUUGCUGCGGGCCCGAGGGGCUGCUCGGGCAGCCGCUGCUGAUUUUCUCCUCCCCAGGAAGUGGCCGGGCUGAGCCGGAGGCAGAGGCAGAGGCGGCAGAGCGGACGGGGACCGGGGCGGAGGAGGCUCAGGGGCUCCUGCUGUUUGCUGCUACUCCCCAGGGUCCCGGGUCAGCCGAGUGGGGACAGCGGCCCCCCCUGGGGCGCCCGCCGGUGAAGAGGAAGUUGGAGCUGGAAAGUGAUCAUCAGUAUCUCGCUGUGGAGAUGGUGAGCCCUAAAGGGAAAGGGAAGUCUUCUGGGAGAGGCCUGAAAUCUCCAGUGGAGAAGACUCGGUACGACACAUCCCUGAGCCUGAUCACCAAGCGAUUUAUCCAGUUGCUAGCGCAGUCUCCGGAUGGUGUGUUGGACCUGAACUGGGCAGCACAAGCCCUCGAAGUUCAGAAGCGCAGAAUCUACGACAUCACCAAUGUCCUGGAAGGCAUCAAGCUCAUCACCAAGAAAUCCAAGAAUCACAUCCAGUGGCUGGGUGGGCAUCAGUUCCUGGAUGGGGAGGUGCUUGCCCGGUACCAGGCCCUGGUGAAGGAAAUUGCUGAGCUGGACGACAACGAUCGGAAGCUGGAGGAUCUGAUACAGAACUGCACCCUGCAGCUCAAACUAUUGACAGAGGACUCGGAGAGCCAGCGAUUUGCCUAUGUCACUUGUCAAGACUUGCGUAGCAUUGAAAACUUGGCUGAUGAGAUGGUGAUGGUGAUUAAAGCCCCAGCUGAUACCAAGCUCCAAGUGACUGAUCCCAGUGAGGCUCUGCAGAUCUCAUUGCAAAGCAGCAGGGGGCCAGUGGAUGUAUUCCUAUGCCCUGAGAGUGGUUCGGGCACUUGCAGUCCUGUGAAGACCCUCACCAGCCCCGUCAAGAUCAGCCCCAUCAGGACCAGCAGCCUUUGCAAUUUGACCGAUCAGGAACUAUUAGGAAGAACACCCCUGGGCACAAUUCUCUCGUCAUCUUCGAGUCAUGGCCAAGGGGCACACCUGGCAAGUAAUACAUCUUCCCCAUUGGCAGGAGUUGUGGACAUUAACCUUUCACCUUUGACUUCAGCUGCCAGUCUACUACAGCAGACAGAAGACGCCUUUCCUGCAAUCCCAUUUGAUGACAUGUUUGUCAACCUCUCUCCCCCGCUGUUUCAGGAUUACCAUUUUGGUUUAGACGAAGGGGAGGGGAUCAGCGAGUUGUUUGACUGUGACUUUGACACAUUACAACCUUUGGAGUUCUGAGUGAGUGUGUAGGAAAUUUUGUGGCGUAGAUUAUCCAGGAGCCGUCCUGCCACAGAUUGGCCUGCCUGGGGUCUGAACUCCGAGAAAUCCAAGCACCUGUGUGGGCUGGAGGCUUUGCUCUUGACUGACUUCCCUGGAGAAAGCUGCUUUAAAAACCCCUCGGUCCCACUCCAGGGUUAUUAGUGCUGUGAGUUAACUUAAGGAGGCAAACAGUGUGUUGCGGUGCGAUUCACUUUUCACGGGAUUCACUUUACAAGGAGAAGCUGUUUCAGCUUGAGUCGGUGGGGGGUGGGGUGAGACCGGUAGGAUGCUGCGCUAUUUGCAAGGGAGCUGCUGAUGAUGUAU